CGAGAAAUCGAAAGCAUCGCUAAGUGAAAGCUAACGCGCGAGGCACCUGAACGUCUGCUGCUCACAGUACCGCGAUCUCUUUGUCUGAAAAUAACGAACAUUUACAUUCAUAAUGUCCAAAGCCAAUGUACUGAAGAUAAACUCUGAUAAUGCAGUGAGGAUAGAAAACUACCGCCAGUCACUGUAUAAGCAGGCAGAAGACCUGUUUUCCAAUCACAUACCUCUGAAGAUAUCACAGCUUGACAACCUGCUGAAGGGGGAUGACUUCAGUAUCACCGACCUCUCAUCUCUUCACGCGCCCCUGGAAAUCCCCAUUCCCGACCCCCCUGCUCCAGAAGAUGAGGAGAUGGAGACAGAUAAAAAUGAAGAUAAUGAGAAAAAGAAGAAAGCUCCCAAGUGUGGCUUCAUCAAAGGAAAUGAGAGGAUUGUGAAGUUGCUGGAUAUUGUAAAACCAGAGAUAAUGGCUCUGAAGGAGACCUGCAUCACUGUUUCUUGCUGGAUUUCUCACCUAAUUCCAAAAAUUGAAGAUGGAAAUGAUUUUGGAGUUGCAAUUCAGGAAAAAAUCCUUGAGAGAAUUACUGCUGUAAAGACCAAGGUGGAGGGUUUUCAGACCAACAUUAACAAGUACUUCUCAGAGAGAGGUGAUGCGGUGGCAAAAGCUUCCAAAGACACACACGUGAUGGAUUAUCGCUCUCUGGUGCAUGAGAAGGAUGAAGCAGCAUAUUCAGAGAUUAGAGUGAUUGUGCUCGAUAUACGCGGUUUCUAUGCUGAACUCUAUGAUGUCAUCAGCAAGAAUCUGGAGAAAGUGACGAAUCCUAAAGGAGAAGAGAAGCCCUCCAUGUACUGAGACAAGCACAGUUCUACAACUACAUCCGAUUUCAGAAUUUCUCAUUUCUUCAAAUGAUUCAUGACACUCUAUAGAGAUGUGUCUUUAGUAACCAUGUUAAGCCAUUCAUAAACAUACAGUGCGUUGUGGUACAAGUGAUGGAAUUCAUGUAAACCUACAUAUACAUCUAUUUCAGCAAAUGCAAAAUAAACCAGGAAAAUGCACAAAUUCGCAAAAUGUGACAUUUUUAAAAUAAAGAACCACGUUAAAAAUGA